ACAACAGACGAGAAACGUUAUGGAUGUGGAAGUAAGAGGUGGAUAUACACCUUAGUUUGACAUUUUAUGAACUCACAAUGUCUAAGCUGCAGAUUUUAAGUGUUUUUCUGACAGAGAGAUUAACUCUGGCUGCGCAGGAGAUAUUUAAGGCUGUGGAAGACAUAUUUUCAGAGUAUAAUGAGGAGAUUUGUCGCUCCAGACAGGAGAUUGAGCUGCUCAAGAGGAGACUGCAGCAGGCAGGAGUUCAGAUGGACUCUGAAACGCAGCCCUGCUCCUCUGAGACUCAAGGAAAGAAAUACACCCAGACAUUUUCAGAGGAAUGGAGAUCUGAACACGAUUUUAAGGACACUGAGAUGCAUAUGAAACUAGAAGUUUAUACACAGCAGGAGGAGAAAGAAGAGCAAAUGCCUGUGUGCAGUGAAUCAGCAUCAUUAUCACUGUGUUUGGACAAUUAUCAUGAUCAGACGCCCAGGAAAGACACUGAAACCCAAAUGAUGGACAGUAGUGAGAAUAAUUGUCCUUUUAUUAACAAAGCACCUCAAAUAAAGACUGAACUUGAGAGUAAUUCUGAAACGAUUACCACCUGUCAAGUACAGCAGCACAUCACAAAACACGGCUCGAGUGAUUCAGGGGCCAGUGAUGCCAACAAAAUAACAUUCAGCCACAUUGGAUCCCCCAGACAAGAGACACAAACAUUUCAUCCGCCCUUCAGAAAUCAAGAGAUGUUGACGCAUCACAGGAUGGAGUUGGCCCAGAUAAGAGAGAGAUUGGCAGAUGAAGAGCGAAAGAAGACUGCAGCUCAAGCUAGAUCCCUUAAGCACAAGCAGAAAGUGUACGGGAGUCCUGAGCUUCGUGAGGCGUACAGGAAAAAGGAGAGAGAGAGAAAACUGCAAUCAAAGCAGGAAAGAAAAAGGAGGAAUAAGAGUGAAAAAGAGGAAAUUCAAAGAGUAAAGAAGGUCAGACAAAUUGAAGAAGUCGCACAUGAUAAAGAACAACUACAAACACAAUCCCAGGAGAAUAAAAAGUGUAAUUUUACCUCUUCAGUAGAGUCAAAGACAAACUUGGCUGACAUUUGUUUGGAGGACGUACAGCCUGAAGAGGAGCUAUCUGAAAGCUACCCGACACAUCGUGAUAUUCACGGAGAUCCACGCGGUACAGGAGAGUAUUUGUGUGUCAUGUGCAACAGGAGAUUCGGCUCACACGGACGGCUGAAAAUUCAUCUGCGAGUUCAUUCUGGAGAGAAACCCUACCACUGCAACUUUUGUGGGAAAAACUUUAGACAAUCAAGUCACCUGAACACACACGUGAGGAUCCACACGGGAGAGAAACCUCACAUCUGUCAGACCUGUGGGAAGACGUUUAUUGACUCGAGCGCAAGAAACAGACACUUCAAAAAAUGUGUUCUUAUCUCUCUGCAAGCAAAAUGAAAUCAUAUGGAGCACCUGUUGAUGUCUGUAGUUCACUGAAUUGGAAUGGCACAGUAAAGGCUGAAAUAAUGGCAGCUCAUUUUUCAUAAUUGGGAUAUAUAAAAUCCAAUCCAGGGUCAUAAAAACAUAUUCGUUGGAAGAGUGAUGUGUCUUUAAAAAGAUUUGACAUCGUUUUUAAACAGAAUUUCCACCUGAACUCCUUGAAGCUAUGGCUCACAUUUUAACCAUGCAAUGCAGUGUUCAUUACCUGAGAAAAUCUUACUGCUGCUUCUGUUCAUGCCUCCAGAUUUUACCUUCUUUCUUCUACUUAAUUAAAUGUUUAUAAGAUAGCAUAUUUAAGAGAAAAUUUACUACUUGAUUUAAUACUGUUUUUUUAAAAGCAAACAAAAUAUUUUAUAUAAUUUUUCUUGGUACGUUUCUUUGGUCUCAUUUUUCCACUGUUAGUAUGGAAUAUAAUGGGUGUAUUUUGUCUGCGAGGUCUUAUAAAUGACAGAUUUAUAUCGCCUUUUAUUAUUAUUAUUAUUAUUCUUUUUCACAGUUUUAUUUUAGUUCUGAGGUUUAUCUUCAUAUAAACAGUCAUUUUUACAACAGAAAAAAAAAAUCAUGCAAAAAGAAAAACAACAACAUUUAUUAAUUAUUAAUUGCUGUAUUGUAAUUAAAUGUUUUAGAUAUGAUUUUUUUUAUUUUUUUUUUUUAUUUAUGGAAUUCAGGGGCAGUAAUUUGUUAAAUUCUGCAUGUUACAUUGAAAGGAUCAAUCAGAUCACAGUUCUGAGGACUUAUAACAAACAUUUUUUUCCACACUUUUUUUUUUGUUAUUUUUGUUUUUUACAUGUGACUUUUCAGAAUUUUCUUAAUAAAACUGCAGUCAAUUUGCAAUCUUUUAUUUUUCUAUUUAAAUGAAAUGGUAUCUUGGAGAUACAUUUUCUUGGAAGUAUUUCAGUGUGGAAGAGACUGGUGCUACAAUUAGCUGCCUUUUUGUUGGAUGCUUUAACUAUCUCAAACUCUAGGGGGCAGAAGUGAUCCACUGUCCUUUAUAUGAUCCUAUAUAGCAUUUCAAUGGCAGUUUAUGCCAAAUUAUAUAAAAACCACCAAAAGCAGACAGAUUUACAUUAUUCCUAUAUGUUCCAUGUCCUGUAUAAUACAAUUGCUAGUUUAAUUUAUCAGCAGUCACUUGUUGCCACAUUGCUUGGCUCUACACUACAAACAAUCAAUACGAAAGUCAAUUGAAAUCUACAUUAUGAUUAGCCUUGAUAACCCACAUGCCUCCCGGCCUGUGAAUGAUGCUGGAAGAGGUACCGGAGUAAUGAAUACACUGUAUCAGUAAACCAUUAAGAAUAGUUCACCUGCGUCCACAAUAUUUUAAACUCCCUGAAUGAAAAUUGUAUCAUUCUGCAAGCAUAAAGGUGUAAUUUAUUUAGCCUUUUGGUAUUUCUUUCUGGUAAGUCAGUUUUGACCUUCAUGAGUACACAGAAACAAAUG